GUCCCACAAGCACGUGCGAGCCAAGGCAGACAAGAGCGAGGUGGAGAGAGGGAGAGAGAGUGAGUGAGAGAGGAAAACCCCGCCCCCGUCCAGGCAACCUUCGUCGACGCAUACGGCGGAGGCCACAGAGGCGCCACGCGAGGGAGCCCCGCCGCAGCAGCGGCCGCGAAUUCGGCACCCCCGGAUCUCCUUGCCGGCGCCCGGGGCCCCGAUCGCCUCCUCCCCAUGGUCGUGCCCCUCCGGGCGUUCUCCUCGCGCGGGCGCCUGCCAUGUCGGACCUCGCUUCCACCAGCAAGGAUAAACUUGCGUAUUUUAGAAUAAAGGAGCUCAAAGAUAUCUUAAAUCAGCUGGGGUUGCCGAAGCAUGGAAAGAAGCAGGAUUGCAACUGAAUGGUGGCGCAUGGCAUACGAGCCUCCAGGGUGAACUAGCCAUCUGGCAGUACAUAGUUGUUGGGUCUGUUUGCUGUAGUGCUGUGCACAACUCGCUUUGGCAGUAACCAUGGGUUCAAUCCAUCAGCAUUGCAUUUUCAGGAAUCAGAACCAUUCCCCCCCCCCCCCCCCCCCAACACAAUCAGAAUCUCAUCUUCACUAUACUUGGCUCAGCUUUGUACUUGUGGUAUCUGAUCCAUUUUUGUAGUCGUUGAUCACAGGACCUUGUUGACAGGGUAUUGGCAGAAUUAUCAGAUGAGCAAGGUCAACGCCAUCAUGGAUGGGGAAGGAAAAAUGCUCUUACAAGGGAGGCGGUGGCAAAAGUUGUUGAUGACACAUACAGCAGGAAAAUGCAAGUAUGUGCUCCUGACCUUCCCUCUAGGAGUCACAGUGGGUCAGAUUUCAAUCAUUUUAGGCCCAAAGAGGAAGCCACUGACUUCUACUAUGUGGAGACUAAGGUCCGCUGCCUUUGCAAUAGCACAAUGCUAAAUGACAAGAUUAUCAAGUGUGAAGAUGGCAAAUGCCAGCUGUGGCAGCAUUUUACCUGCGUACUCAUUCCAGAUACACCCACGGAGGGUGCUGGCCCUGAUAUUCCACCUCAUUUUUAUUGUGAACUGUGCCGACUGAACCGGGCAGAUCCGUUUUGGGUGACUACAGCAAAUCCACUACUACCUGUGAAAUUUAUCUCAUCUGGUGUUGGAAAUGAUGGAGCAAGCGCACCUCAAAUUGUGGAGAAGACCUUCCAACUUUCCCGAGCAGAAAGAGAAACAGUCCAGAGGCCAGAAUACGAUCUCCAGGUUUGGUGCAUUCUUGUAAAUGACAAAGUCCAGUUCAGGAUGCAAUGGCCUCAAUAUGCAGAAUUGCAAGUGAACGGUAUUCCUGUACGAGUAAUGACCAGGCCUGGUUCUCAGUUACUAGGGAUAAAUGGACGUGAUGAUGGGCCACUGGUAACCACAUGCAGUAGAGAAGGGAUUAAUAAAAUUAGCUUAUCAAGAGUUGAUGCUCGAACCUUUUGCUUUGGAGUUCGAAUUGUUAGGAGGAGGACUGUUCCUCAGGUAUUAAGCUUGAUCCCAAAGGAAGGUGAAGGGGAGUCUUUUGAGGAUGCUCUUGCUCGUGUUCGUCGUUGUCUUGGAGGUGGAGGUGCUACAGACAAUGCUGAUAGUGAUAGCGAUCUGGAAGUGGUUACUGAAUCUGUUACAGUCAACCUUCGUUGCCCUAAUAGUGGAUCCAGAAUGAGGAUUGCUGGAAGGUUCAAGCCUUGUGUUCACAUGGGCUGUUUUGAUCUUGAAACUUUUGUGGAAUUGAAUCAACGCUCACGCAAGUGGCAAUGCCCAAUAUGUUUAAAUAAUUACUCUCUCGAGAACUUGAUGAUUGAUCCUUAUUUCAAUCGGAUUACUUCUUUGUUGCACAAUUGCAGUGAAGAUGUUAAUGAACUUGAUGUUAAACCUGAUGGGUCAUGGCGUGUGAUGGGUGAUGCCGCUACCAGAGAUUUAUCUCAGUGGCAUAUGCCUGAUGGUACUCUUUGUGACUCAAAGGAAGAUACAAACCCUGGUGUCGCAAGUGUUAAUGAGUUCAAGAGAGAGGGUGCUUCUGAUGAACAUAGAACUUUGAAACUUGGAAUUAAAAAAAACCCUAUUGGAUUAUGGCAGGUUAGCAGUAAAGCAGAUGAUAUGAAACCUGUGGUUAGAAAUCACAUCCAAAAUAACACUGGGUUUUCAACACCAAACAUUGUGCCUAUGAUCAGUAGCCCCACUGGGAGUUACAGAGAUGGCGAAGAUGUAAGUGUGAACCAAGAAGGGGGUGGUAUUCAAUUUGAUAUAUCAUUGAACCAAGAGUUUGACAGUUUUGCCCACAACUUUGGUCAGACAUACAAUACAGAGGAUAGACCACAACAUCCACACCAUAAUGCUGCAGAUGUCAUUGUUCUUAGUGAUUCUGAUGAAGAAAAUGACCCGACUGUUCAGCCGCCAGCUGUCUAUGAAAAUACUCCUACAAAUGAUGACAGUUUUCCUUUCGUCACUGAUGCUGCCGGAUCUGGAUAUCCUGAAAGGUACCAGGAGGAUGCUAGUGUUGGUACAAGUGGUCUUGGUUUAUUGAGGCAGAACACUGGUGAAUUUGAAAUAAAUAACUGGCAAAUGCUUUCUUACCCACAACCAGAGCAAGGGUUUCAGUUUUUUGUGACUGAUACUGAUGUUGGCAAUCCUUUUGUUGCUCCACAUAAUUCCUUUACUAUUGCACCAGAAGACUACUCUCUUGGCUGUAAUGUUGGAAUAGAGGACCCCUCUGCAGCUCACGAUGUUUCAAUUUGCCGAAACAGUAAUGAUGUGCAUGGAAGCUUGGUUGAUAACCCACUGGCAUUAACAGGUGACGAUCCAUCUUUGCAAAUUUUUCUUCCAAGUCAACCUUCCACUGUUCCCCUUCAGCAAGAAUUGAGUGAGCGUUCUGAUACUCCAAAUGGAGUCCACCCUAACGAUUGGAGGAUAUCGCUUACGCUUGCCGCUGGUGGAGGGGGCAAUGAAGAGUCUACAAGUGUUGGCGGUCUAAAAUCACAACCAAAAGUUUCAUCGAAAGAGGCAGGAGUUGAACCUUUACUUGAUGCUGCCUGUCAAGCAUUUCCAGGAUCAUCGAGGUUAACUUUUGAAGCUUCUGCUCUUGGAAGCAUGAACAAUGACAGAUGCACUGGAUCUAAUCUAAAUCCUAAAAGGAUUGAAAAUAUAUUUUCUCAUCCUCGCCAACCGCGGUCUGUUAGGCCUCGUCUGUGUUUGUCAUUAGAUACUGAUUCAGAGUAGUUUGGACAUCACACUGGGAUAGCUGAAUUUGCUAUUAAUCUGGUAAAGUUGGCUUCCAGAAUCUUGAUCGUUACUGUGGAGGGCUAUCUGGUUAUUCUGGUUGAUACAAAGAGAUACACCAGUGUGGAUGCUUUGUUGCAUUAACCUGGUAAGAUUCAAGUGUUCUAUAUGAUCCAAGUGGGAUCUGCAUAGAGUUCAUCUAAUGGUUGGUACAGGAUAUUUUCUAACUGGGAGUGGUUUAAUGUGGCUAGUGGAGCAGGCUGUACAUUGUCCCUGACAUUUACUGGGUAUAAAGGAAUAGGGGGCCAUCACUUGGCACAAGACAAAUACAUGUGUUGUGUGUACCAUCAUUGUAUUUAGGGUUUGGGUGCUAAUUUAGAUGUUUAUUACCCUGACGUUUGAUGGAGAAUAAAUUAUUCCUUGAAGUGGUGGUCAAUAAACAGAGAGCCCUUCGGUUUUGAGUCGGAGCUGCUGACCGUUCAUCUGUUCUUGUUGCGAAGUGGUCGCUCCCGCUUUGGUUCAGCUGCAGCUUUCAUGGCGGGACUGACCAUGCCAAAGUCUUGUGUAGCAGAGGGCAAUCUCCAUGAUGUCAUGCGAUACAAGUGAUCUGUAUUUUGCCCUACAGGAUGACAAGUUUCUUUGUGCAACAUGCUGUAUUAUUGGUUCGAUACUCU